CAUAUUAAAGAUAAAAAGCCUUAUUUCACCACACUAUAUGACUAGUUUUUUAACAACAACUUCUAUCUGCGGAACUGUAGCUGUUUUAUGUUAAAAGCUACAACGUCACUUCCCAUUUACCAAAACUCAAAGUGACUGACAUUCAUCCUCUUAUUAACAUAACAAGCAACUUUACCCAGACAUCAGAUGCAACACUACAUCAUUAAGAAUGUAAAGUGUAGAUCUACAAAAGUGUAGUUUAAAGUACUUUAUGAUACACACUUUCUUUAGGAUACACAACAAUUGUCCAAAGAAGACUUCUUAAACAAUUAUCAAAUACAGUAAUCAGUGAGAGUGGCUAAGGUUGUCCUCUCAAACAAAAAAAAUUUGUAAAAGAUUUAUGUGUUUCAUAUAAUGUUUUACUAAUACAGAAGUUCUUUUUGGCCUGUUAGGAUUUGGAAACAAAAAUUAAGGCAUUGAAAAGACAGCAACAAAAAGCUCGUAGAAAAUCAAAAAAGAUCAUUUUGGCUCUUCAGAAAAAAAAUGAAAACACUUCUGAUAGUGAACACUCCUCCAGAGAACUUGAAUCAGACUACUCAUCAGACGACUCAGGAAAUAUGCUGAAUGUUGUGGAGCAGCAUCUAAAUGAAGACUUGCAAGAACAGUAUGAUUCAGAAUCACAACAGAAUACCAUAAUUAAUAUGCAAGAUCAAGUGCUAUGGUAUGAAAUUGAUAGACUAAAUGAUUCCAUGGAUGUUACCAGUGAAAGUAACUCAGAGCUAGCUUUGUCUCUGGAGAAAAAGCUGUCUGAGUGGGCAAUGAAAUUCAACAUCUCCAUGACCUCUCUCACUCAUUUGCUUAAGAUUUUGAAGGAACAUGACAUUGAUGUUCCAGCAGACGGACGAACACUAUUGAAAACACCUCGUUCUGGCAGUUUGAGAAUAACAGAAAAAUCAGGUGGCAAAUACACAUAUUUUGGAUUAAAGGAAGGUCUUACGCAUACUCUGUCUGAGCAAGACACUUCAAAAUACGACCACUUUGAGAUUUCUUUGAAUAUUGAUGGCCUACCCAUUUUCAAGUCCAAAAACCUCACAAUGUGGCCACUUCAGUGUGCUGUCAUCAACAUUGAUGAAGUGAAAAACAGUCCUUUUGUUGUUGCUCUGUUUUCUGGAGCAAAGAAACCAAAUGAUUUGGAGUUUUUGAGGGAUUUUAUGGAGGAGCUGCAAGAACUGAUGGAAACAGGCUUUAAAGGGAAGAGAAUUGUCCUCAAAAACAUCAUAUGUGAUGCACCAGCACGAGCCCUCAUCAAAGGAAUAGUUCAGUUUAAUGGCCGCUAUGGCUGUGACUUUUGUGAUGUAAAGGGAGUUCAUGAGAGCAAAAUGCUUUUUUUGUAUAAAGGAAAUCUCAGAACCAAUGAGUCAUUUAGACAGAAGACAAAUCCUGAACAUCACAAAACAGAUAGCAUUCUUUUGAAUCUGGACAUUGAUAUGAUCAGGCAGUUCCCAAUAGAUCCCAUGCAUUGUGUAGAUCUAGGAGUGACUAAGCGAAUGUUGAUGCUGUGGAAAGAAGGACCUUUGGCCCAUAGAUUAUCAGCUGGACAUCUUAGCACCAUUACUUAUUUUCAUCAAGCUGUCCGACAUCACAUACCUCCUGAAUUCAAUAGGAAACCCAGGGGGUUAGAUGAACUGAAGCACUGGAAAGCAACUGAAUUCCGAACAUUUUUGCUUUAUACUGGACCAGUGAUUUUGAAAUAUGUUCUCGAUAAGGAGAAGUAUAUUCACUUCCUUUCACUUAGUAUUGGAAUGCGCAUCUUGUACAGUGAAAACCUAAUGGAGCAUCGUGAUUAUGCAGAUGAGCUGUUAACAUAUUUUGUUGAAAAAGGUAGCAGCCUGUAUAGCAUGAGUUUCAUCUCAUAUAAUGUGCAUUGCUUGCUACAUCUCACUGAUGUUGCAAAUUACAACAGAUCAUUACACUAUUGUUCAGCGUACAAGUUUGAGAACAAUAUGGGUCAAAUCAAGAGGUUUAUCCGCGGUUCAAGUGAUCCACUGAUUCAAGUAGCUAACAGAUUGGCAGAGAGGCAAGCAAUAUCAAGUUCUAAGAAAUCAAAUGUUAACUCUGGUACGCCAAAGACAAAAGAAUGUUACAGAAUGACCAAUGAUAGCUAUUGCCUUAUACAUGGAGUUCAAGAAAAUCUGAUUUUUUGUGAGGUUUUUUUGCAGAAUGGAACCUUUGUACACUAA